UAACUGAAGUAAUUAAGAAGCAAAUUAAGCAUGGCAGGAGGAAGAAGCUUAACUGAAACGCCUACUUGGGCUGUUGCCGUUGUUUGCUUUGUUAUACUCUCUAUUUCUAUCAUCAUUGAACACAUUUUCCACAUCAUAGGAAAGUGGUUGAAGAACAAGCACAAAAGUGCCUUGUAUGAGUCACUUGAAAAAAUCAAAUCAGAGCUUAUGUUAUUGGGGUUCAUAUCAUUGCUCCUAACUAUAGGAGAAGGUUUAAUAUCAAAAAUAUGUAUAUCAGAAAAGGUUGCAGCCACGUGGCACCCUUGUACCAAUAAUGCAGAGAGGAAUUCGGAUGAUCACCAACCGAUAGAACAUGAAACCGGUGGCCGGAGAUUACUAGCGGCGUUGCUUGCUUCUCAAAACAAAAACUCCCGCCGUAUAUUGGCUGCCGGAGGAAUCGACAAAUGUGCCGCUCAGGGAAAAGUAGCAUUUGUGUCAUCAGAGGGAAUUCAUCAACUCCAUAUAUUUAUAUUUGUGCUGGCUGUUUUUCAUGUUCUUUACUGCAUACUUACUCUGGCUCUAGGCAGAGCAAAGAUGAGAAGGUGGAAACGAUGGGAAGAGGAAACCAAGACACUUGAGUACCAAUUUUCACAUGAUCCUGAAAGAUUCAGAUUUGCUAGUGAGACUUCAUUUGGAAGAAGACACUUGAGUUUCUGGACAAAAAAUCCUGUCCUCAUUUGGAUUGUUUGUUUCUUUAGGCAAUUUGUAAGGUCAGUUCCUGAAGUGGAUUACUUGACCUUGAGGCAUGGAUUUAUGAUGGCACAUUUGGCGCCCCAAAGUCACCAAAAAUUCGACUUUAGACAUUAUAUCAAAAGAUGUUUGGAAGAAGACUUCAAAGUUGUGGUAGAAAUCAGUCCUCCAAUCUGGUUCAUCACAGUGUUGUUCCUCUUGUUCCACACUCAUGGCUGGCACUCUUAUCUGUGGCUACCAUUUGUACCUUUGAUUAUUGUCCUAUUAGUUGGGACAAAGUUGCAAGUGAUAAUAACUCAAAUGGGGCUUAGAAUUCAAAAACAAGGAAUGGUGGUAAAGGGAGAGCCAGUGGUGCAACCUGGGGAUGACCUAUUCUGGUUUAGCAAACCUCGACUUAUUCUCCACCUUAUUAAUUUUGUGCUCUUUCAGAAUGCCUUCCAGCUUGCUUUCUUUUCAUGGACUGCGCUUCAAUUUGGGUUGACGUCCUGUUUCAAUUCGCGUACAGAGGAUGUAGUCAUUAGAAUAUCCAUGGGGGUCUUUGUUCAAAUCCUUUGCAGCUACGUCACUCUUCCUCUCUAUGCUCUUGUGACACAGAUGGGUUCAACCAUGAAGCCAGCCAUAUUCAACGAAAGAGUAGCCACAGCUCUAAGGAAUUGGCACAACACCGCAAAGAAGCACAUAAAGCAGAACCGUGGAUCGGGGUUUCAAAGCCCAAUGUCAACAAGAUCCAUAACUCCGGCCCAUUCUAUGUCCCCGGCCCACAUCCUUCGUCCUUACCACAGCGAAACGGACACACACCCCACCACAUCUCCAACAAGACUCAACUUUGAGACCUAUAAUCCCUACGAGGCCUAUUCACCCUCACCCUCCAACAAGGUUGAGGCCCGUGCUACUUCUUCUAGCUCAAUUUAUUUUCAUGAAAUGGAAAUGGGUCACUUGGCUCAUGAUCAUGAACAAGAGACCAACAAGCCCAAUUGUGUUUCUGUGGGCUCAGGCCUGACUCAACUUGAGAUUGAUGUCCAACACAGCGACGAAUUUUCAUUUUCUAAAAUGGCCACAAAUAACUUAAAAUGACAUCAUCACAUGUGUGAAUGUGAUGAUGAUCAUCGUAUAGCUUGUAUAGAUUUUUGGAGAGCAACAUUUUGCUUAGCUUGGGGGUAGAUAUAGUUCACUCAGUAGGGGUGCUUUAUUAAUUAUUUUGAUGGGCCAAAAUAACUAAGUGAUGAUAGUAUAUAGUAAGUAUUUUUCAUCA